AUGUCACUAGUGGCCAGCCGAUUGUGGAGUAAAGAGUGGUCGUACACAUGCGAGAAAGGGACUUGAUCAAGAAUGUAAUAUUACUUUAUAUUCGCUAGAAACUUUGGCGUACAACCGAUGUGGGACUAAACCCACGUCACCUUUCUCAAAAAGGGGGGGCAAUUGGUCUGCAAGUUUAAAUCUUCCUAGAGCCAAAACUCAUACUUUUUUAUCUAAUUAUCGUGACUUUCUUGCAAAUCACUAGUGAAGGAUUAAGCAACUAAGAUCACUGGAUCAUCGGCAAAAAUCUCGUCAACGCAAUUUGCGAAAUAUUGUUAUUAAAAGUUUUGAACGAUUUGUGAUAUAAGGAUCGUGAAUCCAUCGAGUAAAGCAUCUUCGAUUGAUUGACGAAUAAGUUGUCGUCGGGGAGAAAGCGAUCUACUAGGAGAUGAGUCGUCACCUUCUAAGAGCAUACUAGAUGCAAUGAAGAACUUCUUCUUGUUGUGUGGACCUGAGGAUGAAGCUCCUUGAUAUGCACCCUACCUCCAUCCAACUCCUCUCUGUUAGGUGACAGCCAUCAGAGAGCCGCAAAGUUGUCAUUUUUCUGCUCCACUAGGUGACAGUCGCCAGAGAUGAUUCGACGACCCAUUUCAUUGAUCUCUAGACUUCGCAAGGAGAUCUAGAGAUUGCCCACGUUGUUGUCGUUGUCUAAAGAGAGCCUCUAAGGCCAUGGACACUACACGACGAUCCUCCCAAACGCUUAAGAUUCUAGUGUAUUGCUAACACAUCACCGCCGCAACGUCGGAAAUCUGUUUUCCUACUUUCAACUUACUUUACGUUUCAUUUAGUGAUAAUUUGUGUGAUUUUAAUUUACGAAAAUAUACUUCGUUCACUUACGAUUCUUCUAGCUUUUACAGAUCUUAAUUUGAUUAAUUAAAUCAUCUGUAAUCACUUACGUAAGAAUCGCCAAGUAGAACUUUAUUUCUGCCUGAUUCGCGUUCGUCGGGCGCUGACGUCAUCUUGACUUCCAUACCCUUAUUUUUCUUUUCGUGAAUUUUAAAUAUAUUUCCUUUUUAUUUAUUAGUAUAAAUUUAUAAAAAAUAGUAUUCUUUGAGAAAAAAUCUAAAUAAUUACCAAAUAUUAUAUUACAUUCCUAUGAUCAACUUGAAAAAUUAUCACUAUUUUUAGAAGUUUUAUUAAAUUAUAAUUGAUAUAUUUAUUUAGAAAUACUUUUAAAUAUUUGAAAAUUUAUAUUUUCUAGUUUUAUAGAUUUUAAAUUUACGUGAAUUACUAUACAAUGACUAAGUCACGUUAGUAGGAGUUGGAACAUAGAAUAGAGUAGGGGAUGUCAAAGUCGAAGAAGUUAUUGUUAGUUGUGUGAAGGGGACUUACCAAACUACUUACAACACUUAGUAGCUAGAUGAUUCUAUUUCUUGCAAUAGGCACAUGGAAGAAAAGUGUUGCACCCACAUCCAUGAGGAGUAUGACCACCGUGUAGAAAGGAGAGGUAUCAUCUCGAGUCCAUAGAGCAACAAUGUCAAGAACCAAAGGAGUAGAGGUGACACCUUAAGAGGAAGAUGAGGAAUGGAUGGGCAUAUUAGUGGUGACUCAAAGGGCUGCCGAGAAGAUGGAGGCAAGAUCAAGCACGUGAUCUCUAGAGAGAAUAGAUUCCAAAUCUAAGAUGUGGAUAGAUGAAGUCCACUGAGAUAAACCUUAGCAUAAAACUCUUAGUGAUAGCACUAGAGGGUCAAGAGGUCAAUAGUAAGAGGCUGAUAGAUAUCAAUCUCCUAGAUCAGGGCUCGGAGGUAAUCAUAGUGGGCCUGAAGAGAGAGAUCAUCUUGUUUGUAAAAGAGAAGAGACUCAAAGAUCUUCACAACGUGACCAAUGUUUGUUUGAUUAACAUAUAUGGUCUCCAUAGUGAGUCACAAGAGAUAAGCUGA